AUGUCCGUCGUUCCACACCACACCAUUCCUGCACAUCAGGAUAGCACGCUACCCCGUGCUAGUGCAUGUGCAUCUGCGACAUCAAAUACCAAAGCAGCAUUAAUCUGGCUCACCUUGAACUAUCGCACUCUCCACACACAACCAGACGACGAAUUAUCUACGCGAGGACGACCAACAGAAUAUCGGGCAGCUCUCAUUGAAAAGUAAAAAGUACAGUUGUCCUCGUCAUGAUGACGAGCGUAACAUCGCAUAUGCCUUUGUGCAGCUCUCACUUAUGCGAAGGCAUUGCUUUGGUAAGGAGUAAUUUGCGAGAUAUGAGGGUAUUGUUAGGUGCGCGUAAACAUUAUCAUACCAUUUUAGCCCCUUUUUUCAUCACACCACCAUGAAGGGCGACUGGAUUUGGCACCGGCAUCGGAUAGCGGAGUCGACCACCUCGGAGUCGUAUGCAAGUUGCUCAAUCGGAACUAUAAAGCCUGAUUUACUCGUCGUCUGCAAAAUGUCCCACUGAUAUGAUAACUUGGUACUUCCCUAAAAUGCGGUUCAGACUAAAAUGGGGCUUUCUCAAUGUGAGCUUUACGACACCCUCUCCUCAUAUGAGAUCUGAGAUUUUUUAUCUGAGGAUGGUUCACGAGGACCAAAGGAUCAUCUCGUGUGUAAGACGCGCAGGCGCUUUCAUACGCGUCACCAGUUAUCUGGACAUUGCAUAGCCAACAGAAUAAAGUGAACCUUUAAAGAACGUGAUUCAGCAGGUACUGUUCCAGUGGGCUGUACUGCUCCAGUUGGGUUCAUGAACAAGUCAACUUAGGCGCUUCAUCGCCUGCGUUCCGCAAAGUGGCUUGUCUGCGCUGGCCUUAUAGGUUGGUGCGUACUAUUCAAAAACACGGAAAUGCCACCACAUCGUUGUAUAGCCAUCCCUUAUCCUUCUGUAGGAGCAAUGAUACAAUUAUUUCCCUCUCUCUGUCUCCAGUCUAAGGACGUCUGGGAGUCCAUGACGCAUAUAACUCGUUCAUUGUUCAAUCGUAUCCAAGGCGAAUUUCUGAAGCAGCACUGAUUAAACAUCAAGGGGUGGCAGGCAGUGAUUUUUGGAAGAGACAGAGGCUGAGAUGACUGCUGCCUCUAUUAUCAAAUCUGCAGGCUACGCUCGACAACGCUUACUUCGUGAGCCAGUGGUGGGCCUGGGUUCUUGUGACAGUGUAACCAUGAGUACAUUGUUCUCUCACCAAUGCCACAGGACCUAUCCUCUUUACCAACUGGACAUACUAUGACGUGUGUAUCCAUACUCCAAUAUCAGUUGUUAUAACGUCGUUUGCUGGCAAAUCCAGAGGCUCACUUGGCAAAGACAUAAAUACACAAACCUGCCGACAUUUAAGUCCAGUAGGUGCGGUUGAAAAGGCUGUUUGUCUAGUGCGAUGGUGAGUAUCUUUUCAUAUUCACCAUUUUGUUCGCGUUGUGGUUGGAAUAAUGCUUAACCCUUAUUCUGCUAAAGGUUCUGCUUCGUUCCUCAUGUAGGUCUGUCAGUUAGAAUCAUACCUAUCGUGUCUAAUUCGUCUUGACCCCCGAUUAACCAUAACGCAUGACAUGAAGCUCAGCACUUUCUGGCUUUUUAAUCGGUCGAGAUUGUUUUACAAAAAGUGCAGGGUUGACGGUUUUAAAACUUGUUUGAGGACUUAUGUCCCCAUAAGCAUGCAGUCCUUUGUAGACACGAAAUGAGCUAAAUGGCGAAUUUUUCUGAAUGUAAUUUAAAAUUAAGGCUGAAAAAUAAUACGACUCUUGAUUGCCCGUAUGAAAUGGAUAGGACAAAACGAAGACAUUUCAAACAUCUGCAUUUUUAUCGCCGUAAAAGUAGAUUACAGCAGUUACAACAGCAACAUAUGGAACAGUUUGUUUUUCUUUAUGGUGGCAUACCGAAGACGGUGGUUUUAUUUGUACUGCAUAAAACGUUAACAUUUAGUCUACAGACCCGUACACGUUCGACGGUGUCGUACUAUGCAGCAUCCUAAAUGGGUUAUAAUGUUUUCCAUCGUCACCAACUAGUCCUGGAAUAUUUAGGAAAACGUGGAUUAUGUUGUUGCCGCCACCGUUCCCUGCUCCACCAGAACUAUUGCCGCCUGUCUUCUUGUCAUUGCGGUUGUGCCCGUUGUCCUUAUCGUCGUCAUCGCCGUCGCCGUCGCCGUCGUCAUCGUCAUCCCCUUUUUCCUUUUUCUUGGCAGGUUUGCAGCAAAGCAUGCAGAGUACAAGAACUAUUUCGACAACCGCGAUGACUGUUGUGAGAAUGGGCAGAAUCUUCAUAAGAUUAGAAUUCUUUGUGGCUGUAUUCUGCAACAGAGAGUGGUUCGGAUCAUUGUCAGAAGAUAGUGAGAUCUUUUCGAAAAUUGCCUCUGAAACACUUGUUCACUGAAACAGACAUCAUGUAAUCAAUUACCUUUCCGCCUGAACUGUAAUUAAGAUGAUUACAUUUUAUAAUUUUUUGGAAGAAUAACCCUGCAUGCAUCGACCUCUGUCCUUAUAAUUCCGCAUUGGGAUUUCACAUGUCGCGCAUAGCAGUGUAACAGACAUUUUGAUUCGUCGCUGUAAAUUAACAUAUUUCAGUGACAGGUUUAAUUUUGCAUCACAUUUGGAACGUCAAAACUAAACUUACAUAAAUACCACGUAAACGUCAUUCUAACAGAAGUGUACCCCAAAACACGAGUGAUUAGAAUUUCGAAAGGGAUUCGGCCACGUUGACGUGUGGCAAUAUUACGUAUGUUUCCAUGUCACUUUCUGAAAUUUACGAUCUUUUUGCGCUUUCCAUUCCAACUCAACUAGCAUAUUUGUUUUGCCUUGUUUUACUGCUAGGGUAUUCAUUCAGUUUGAAAGACAUUUAUUAAUGACCGCACUUUUUAAAAUAGGUAAUGUUUGAUUGCUUUACCUCCGCACAAUUUUCAUUCUAAUACGGCCUUACGAAAACCAUCAGAAAUUCAUCAGUGAAGCACACGAAUGACGUAAGGAUAAGUUAUCCCUCUAGACCUGCUCACUGAAGAGUCUUGCAGCUUUCCUGUAGAAUUCACGUAACACCUAACAGGCGGUGCAACUGCCAACCCAAGCAGUAAAAUUCCUCUGAUCUGUGAGAUACUUGUUAAGAACUGCUAAUGAGUAACAAGAUACAAUAUUUUUGAUUGAGUAGGGAGUCUUUGUUUUUAGAAUGACGACUUAAAAUUUCAUUGAUUAAGUUGAAAUUCAAAGACUUACGAAUUGCUUCAGUAGUGCAAAUGAUGCGAUAAGUGCGACGGCUAAAAUAAACCGGUUUGAAGAAUUAACCCAUAUGAAAUGCAGGUGCAAUAGUGUGUUGACUUAAAAAACAAAGCACUUAAUCUUAUACGUGUUCAGCAUGUAUCCAACUUCAACAUUUUGCUUACAUCUAGAUUGGAUCAAACCACUAAAGAAGUCGUACAAAAGUUUCUUUUCGAAACUUAUGAAGCUAGUACUUGAUGUCUACAGUUACCGAAUUGGCAUCAAACAUUUAAACUGUCUAGAGUGGAAGAUUAAACCUCGAAACUACACCAGCAUUUUGUGCCUCCUUGAACUCAGAAUUUUGUGUUUCUAACUGCGGACAUUGUUUCAACGUGUUGGAUCCUUUAUGCCCCCGCCCAUAAGUGGCAUGCAAUUUGCAUGACUAAAUGCUCAAAUUUGGCGUAUUUGCAUAAAGCCUCGACAAAAACAUAGCAUUUUUAUUGUUGGGGAGUGUGGAGGAGCAUUAGAGCUUUUCUUUAUAACGUGAACCCUACAUGUCAACGUCGCGAUCUUUCCUCAUCUGAGAAUGGAAUUUGGGUUAAAAAACACAAAGAAGAAAGAAGUUUUGCAUAAGUUUAUUUUGAAAUAAUCAGAUAGUGAUGCAAUUGUGAAGUAACUGCUUGAUGUCUGCAGGAGUUGAUGUGACAUCUUUUUAACACAAUGUCCCACUGCUCAGAAAAAAUAUACCUCGCAACCCCACCCAGUGUUUGUACCUCCUCAAAUCAACUCUUUUUUGGAUUCUCAAGUAGAAAAGGGUUUUAGAUGGAUGGAACCCUUAUACCCCUGCUCAUAAAUAUCUCGCUAUUUGUACGGCCGAAUAUUCCGCUUUGGUAAAUUGACAUAAAUGCUCAAGACAAAAUUAUUUUGUUUUUGCUUUGUCAGGGAACUUGAAGGAGCAUUCGAGUUGUUCUUCAUAGCAUAGCCUGCAAAUUAAUAUCGAAAGCUGGCCUUGUCUGAAACAUUGUUUGUUCUAAACGAAACAGUUGCCGAAACUCGCUGAGACUUAGCUCAAUACAUUACAUUCAAGGUAUGUAAGUUGCAACAAACCGUAUUCGUUUUUAUGUUUCAAGAGUGACCGCUGUUCGCGUUUCUCAUACACCUUGUUACACAUUUACUAGAAUGUUAGUCCGAAGGAUAAAGCACGUGCUAGUCGGCGACUUUAUAAGAGCACGAGAACAGUAAUCACAACUUCUGCUGCAAACGUCACUCAGCCGAAUCCCCACGCUAUGAAUGAAUGUGAUGUAGGCACUUUAAAUUUUGAAGUUUAGAUACUGCGACAAGCGUCAAUUUGGUCGGCUGUAGGCGACAACAGGUUGAUUAGCGUGCGAGUGGGGAUCACGGGUAUGAUGGACGGGUAGGACAUUACACGGAGAUUUUGGUCCAGAGCCCUUGCAAUACUCAGCAUGCUGGCAGGCAGCCAACAACGCAAAGACCCCCGUCGAUGUUUAUCGGCGCUAGAGAGUUGGAUUUGGGACACUUAGACCGAGUUCACAAGUCCGUUUCUUUUGGCGUAUGAUUCAGUCAUGACUUGUUAACGAAAGCGCAUAAAAUUGGCGCCUUCCCUCUCGGUUAUCUACGUCGAAACAUAACGAUAUAUACAUUAAUGACCACUCCUUAUGGAUGCACUGCCUUUAAGUGUAAAUUAAUUCAACAUAAUUUGUCCAGCUGUCACCAUUUUGGAUGAUUCUGUAUUUUUUGUUAAUUAUACUUUAAAACCUACCGACUUAAGCGUGACAAAGACAAGGCAUGUACAUCCUCGAAUUUCGGUGGCUGUGGCCUUUGGUGAGUAUGCAAUGUAAAAGUUGUUUCAAUAGUUCAGUUAAAACUGUCUUUGAAGCAAGCGUACAGUGCGCAGCUUAUCUAUAAUAUAUUAACUUGUAUUUUUUGUUGUGCCGCCAAGCGGAAAAAUGUAAAAUUGACUACGUUUGGUAAAAAGGUUGGCGAAUUUUUCGUUGCAGAAUAUUGACUUCUAACAAAGCACUAAACACCUGUAAAAAUAACAGUAGGAAGAAAUCAGCAUUCGUUGAUUUGUACUACUUUGAAACAUUUUCAGUUUUGGUAUAGCCCACUGUAGGCUCCCAAAAUAGUAAUAAAUUACCUAUGUGGCUCAUUUUUAAGCAGUAAGAAGCUUUCGAAAAAUGCGCUUGCAAGAAAGAUUGUUGAAGACUAAAAUAUGUACAUUAUUUCUAGUACAUUUCGGAACAGAGUCCUUACUUUCAUUUUUCCAUAAGGAUUUUGUCAAAAAGACGUGGGUUGGAACAAACUAACUUCGUACAUGUUUGCAUUUGAAUAUAAAGAGACCACCGGAUUUACACGAAAUAUUGAUAAUGCUAUCAUCUGUGCUGCAUGCCUCACGAUCGACUUCAUUAUUACCUAUGGUAAUGAGUCAAGAAUAAUACCGACCCCCAGAACCGACUUAUAUUUCGAAGGACUACAAAAGGGAGAAACCCUCGCUUAUGGCAAAAAAAUAGAGAGGAUGUCAUUUUCUAGAAAAUACCGUUGCUUUUUUGCAGAUCUAACAAUUUAAUAAGGCACGCUGGCAAUAAGUACGCAGGUUUUCCUGAAUGCGUAACCUAUACAAGUGACGAAGAAGAUGCAAACUCAAAGGGCAGUGUAAAAUGGAUUUUUAAUAAUAUCUCAUAUUAUGCAAUUUUGAAACGUUUACUGAUAUGAAAAAUAAGGUCGGUGUCUACCUUCUUUUAAAGAAUCAAAGCCCAGCAACACGCCAGCAGACAAUAGAGCUGAACGACUAUACUUCCAGAACCUGUUCGUAGCCAAUGGAUAUCUUAGUUAUUUUGUUGAGAGAAUCAGACGUCGAGCGAACGAAUGCCGGCCAAAGGAGCAACAACUCGAAAUUUGGAGAACAAUUCACAACAGUAAGGGAGGCCCUGAGGCGACUUCUCGAUUGCUACAACUCGCCAGAGUAGAAGCAGUUCAACAUCUCCGGGCAGCGAUCCGUCAGCGUUUGAUGUAACCUAAGGACACGCCUCUAUUCGCCCAAACUUGGACGGUUGUUUACAAAAUAAGCUAUAAUGAUGGGGAAUAGAACUACAUUGAGGAAACCGGAUGACGAUUGGAGAAUUACCUACACGAGAACUAAUUGGCAACUCGGAGGUAAGACCCGAAAUCCAAGCCUGCAACGAAUAUUGAAAGAUCUGGCAAUAUUUUCGACCUCAACGCACGGCCAGCUUAGGCCAAAAAAAAUUCAAGGGCAGAGCGAAUAGCACUAGGAUCGUGGUGAUCAGAUGCCACCUCAGUCAAUAGGAAUCUCGGCUAUCCUCUAACUUAUAAAGUCCUCCUUCACUGCGUACACAAACACCAGGACAAAACGGUCACGGAAACCUGAGAAAACCGCAUGGACACAACCCGACGUUAAACUCACCCGACGGCAGAGACAAAGAGUCACCAGGCCGACUGCCUACCGCAGACUCAAAUACCCCCACCGAAACCAGGAUUCAUAACUCACGCAGCUGACAAGUCCACCAAGCCUCCUUGAAGUGACCCUGGUAACAUGAGGAAAAUAUUGGUCAGCCUCAGCCCGACUAUCACGGCAAACCAAUUCCAUUUCUGUUAGAUUUUGCAUAUAGAGAGCUUUGAAAAUGGUGGGGUGACGAAGCUCUCAAAAAGGUCAACACGCUAGUAAAUCUGGUUCGGUAAGCUCUUCUUUUUUCUCCAAAUACCAACCCGAAGUUCUCGACUUUUCGUUUUUUGUAAAGUAAACCGUAUGACUUAAUUUCGGUCAUUUCUGCAGGACUUCUCGACCCAUGCGGUGCAUCUAAUCAAAUUUCGCUACCGGAGUUUUCUGCAAAACGUGUCGUUAAUUAAUUUAACAGACGUGUCUUUUGCGUAUUCAGUUCCUGUUGCUUGUAAGGACUCUCAAAGAAAAAUUUGUAACGAAAUUUCUCGUCCACCCAAUCUAAAUUCAGUAUAAACGUUUGGUAAAUAAUCGACCUGGUAACCCUUAGUGUCAUAAUUGUUUUUAAAAACAUGAUCUGGCAUCCCUCGACUUCUUCAGGCAGCCGACUUCUGCUGUUCAAGUAAUGUUUCGUGAGACAUUUUAGCUCGUGGAGUUUCCUGCCUUCUGUUAUUGACUGGCAUGCCGUCUCCUCUCAACUCCCGCACGAUGCUGAUUAAAUCCCAACAGCUAUAAUUCAUUUAAGUUUAAAAUGCAUUCCAGGGGAUCGAUUCAGUAUUUUAAAGCAUUAUCAUAAAACAGAUAAACGUAGCUUACCCAUUAAAAGGAGAACAAUGAAGAUCCACCUGAAACGCUUUUUGAUGGACUUCUUCCACUUCUUGAUUGACUUGCAUUUGCAUAUGCUCAAGAGUAUAAGCACAAAAGCGACAACACUGAGAACCACACCGAGGAGGAAAACAAUUUUUCCCACUGAUAUAUUACCUAAAUUGGAAAAGAUGCAAGCACUGAAUUCUACCCUAACUCAUAUCCCACCUGACAGGUGGCAAAAUGCACCUUUCCACCUGCCCAUAACGUACUUUUAUGGAUCUAGCUGUUUCGGAUUUGAGUACGUAUAAGAACGUAAGAUUGACAGGGGGUGACUAAUUUGAAUGUUUCCUUAUGUACUGUGUUAAAGGCGGGCAUGAACCGUUGUAAGCCUUCGGAUAGAUAUGACAUGGGUUCUUCUAGUGGCCAAUACUCGUCUACGUUUUAGUGUACUUCUCCGCAGUCAGUUAAAGUCAGACAUGAUUUGCAAAACUGGCCAUAUCCAAAUUUAUUUUUGAAAAUCUUUUCCUCAAAAAUUGCAAAAAUUAAUGAGAAUACAGAAGUCUCCUUUAAGAAAUGAAGGUAUGUUCAGAUGUCGUAUAUCCGCGACAAUUGAGGAAUUACGACCUUGGAAUAUAGCGCUAAUAAAAGUCAUUUUCUUCUUGCGUGAAGUUCGUGAGUACCAAUCUAACACGGUACCAAAUUUUUGAAGCGACAGGACGCAGCUGAAGAGCCGUCGCGAAAUUUUUUGGUGCCAAUAAAUUCUGCCCUUCUUGCCUACUUCAGCUUCCUACCGGGGACAAACUGCUGCAAUUUUUUAAAUUUUACGUCGACAGAUUUUCAUAUGUGUUCCAUGCAGCUUUACCUGUCACCAAAGAAUGGCAGGGUGUUGGCGUUCUGACACAUCGCAUAUCACGUUCUAGUAUCACUGCGUGAAGGCCGAUUCAGUUGAAAGCUUGUGAAACAUAUCCGUCAAAAUCAACCGACAUCUACUGCUGAGAAGUGACAAAAAACCUAAUUAACUUUCAUAGGCAAGUUGGUUUCAACUUGUCUAUAGGUCCGAGCUUUAACGGCUCACACUGUGGGACUACAGUUUAAAAGAUGCCUGAAAUUUAUAAAUUCCAAGAAGGUUUUCUAGUGGAGUAUUGUACAACGGCGAUUUAAAAACAUUAACAUACUGAAUGACAGCAAAUAUACUCUCAUUUACAGCUUUAAAUAUUCCGUGAGGCGACUGCCCGACAUGUCAGGAAACGAAGCAGGAGACAUGAGCAAUUGUUGAUUUCUUUUAAAGGAGCUAGUAUUUUAGCUAGAAGACACAACUGCAAAUAAAAUUACAUGGCAUUAUGUCUUCUCGUCAGCAGUAAGGACAAAAAACUCAUCUUUCAGUACUAAGGUGUAGAAGGCCACAUCUGUUUGAAGUCAUACUGAAAUAAGAACCCACAGAUUUCUAUACAUAAAACGCAAAGCACCGCGAGCAAGAUGGAGUGCUGUAAUCUCACCCUUAUUGUAAUAAAUGGAAAAAUGUGACCUUAUAAAUAACGUAUUGCAGUAAAAUCAGAGUAUGGUAUACUUACAUUUUAGUUCUUUAUCGAAAUACUUAUAAAAUAUAGUGCAGGUUCAAUGACGUUUUUAAGCAAAUUGCUUUAUUAUCUAGACUAAGAAGCCAAUUAUGCAAAUUAAAUGCAAUGAUAAUGUGGUCUAUCGUGCAAAAUAUAACCCGAACGGUAGUAAAUAAAUCUUGCCUAUUUAAAACGCGAAGAGGUGCGGUAUUAGGCGGUAGAUAUUCACCACAUUUUGAGCUAUUCUCAAGUUCGUUUGCCUAUUCAAAGAAAGUUUAGAAGCAAGCGUUAAUUAUUUGUUUCAUUAGUUCGUUUUUAUGUUUGUAUUAAAAGUUAAUCUGUUUGGGGGACAUUUAGGCACGCAUUCUCCCCCGCUAAGUAAGACUAUGGAACGUGAAAAACCAGGAGUUAUAUUCAACGUUUAGGGAUAGCAGAGACAGAGAAAUGGGGUAAAGUUACAGUCGACUUAUGUCAGCUACUUUUAUUGUUUCUAUGGACUACCAAAAAUCCACAAACCCAACGUUCUUCUGCGGCCAAUCGUUGCUCUGAAAGACAGCCCCACAUACAAUUUAGUCAAAUGGAUUUCCUGAAAGCUCAAUUUUCUCCGAGAGGGCUCUGUGGCGUCCGUCAAUUCGGCCUCCCAAUUCCUUGCCGACAUUAAGGGAAAAACUAUUCGACCCGACCAAAUCAUGGUAUCCUUCGAUGCCGUCUCACUUUUCACGUCCAUCCCACCAGACUUGGCGCACAACGUGCUACGCAAACGCCUCGAAGAAAAGUACGACGAAACGACAGGGCCGCUAAGGAUCCAGCACCUAAUGCAGCUCUUUGCAUUCUGCCAACGAACCUUUUUCACCUUCCUUUGCAGAACAUACGAACAAAUCAAAAGAACACCCAAGGGUUCCCCAAUGUCCAACCUAGUUGCGGAAUUGGUCCUACAAGAGCAGGAAAAGGUUGCUUUCAGCCACUACAAGCCUGCGUUUUGGCGCCGGUACUUGGACGAUACAUGCGUCAUUAUUGAAAAGGACAAGCUAUCGGGUUUUGAAGACUUACUUAACAGCAUAUUCCCCGACAUUCAGUUUACAAGAGAAGACGAGGAGGACGAGAAACCACCCUUCCUGGACGUGCUCGUCACGCGCACACCUGACGGUGAACUCAACAUUACAGUGUACAGAAAGGCGACCAAUACAACCCAGGUCCUCAACUAUCAUAGCAAUCACCCGUUGGUGCACAAACGGGGCUCUGUGAGGGCGCUUUUCGACCGUGUAAAAACGCACUCUAGUGAGUCCGAAGGAAGGAUGCAAGAACUACGGCAUCUUCGGGACCAAUUAACAAAGAACGGCUACCCAAAUAGUUUUAUCAGUCGCUGCAUACGCACGCAACCACGACGGACAAAAGGAAGAGAGACACCAACAAUUUGGCACUCCCUACCGUACAUAAAGAAUGUGUCCGAGGCUACAGAAAGCAUUGCGUCAGAGCUAGGCGUGGGCAUCGCUCAUCAUCCGGCGGCCACCAUGCGUAGCAGGAUCAUGAAAAUGAAGGAUCGGCUGGACGCAGGUGAACAGUCGGGCGUAGUCUAUCAAAGCCCGUGCCAAAACUGUCCUUGCCACUACACAGGCCAGACAGGACGACGUCUCAGCUCACGAAUACUUGAGCACAGACAGACCGUUCGAAAAGAGACCCACUAUCUCAAGUCGCCACUCACACGCUGGAGGAAGGCCAUGAGUUCGACUUCGCCAACACGCGGAUAUUGGCGCGAGCCGGCAACAAGACAGGGCGAGAACUGUUGGAGGCGUGGGUGUCGGACACCACUUCUAUCAACAGACACAUCGAUUUGCCUGCGUGUUAUCACGCGCUCCGCCCACGCAGCCAGGUGGCGCAGUUCACGCCGUCGCGAAGUACAAACGGCGUCACCACGCCGGGGGACCAUCGUGAACCAGGCGGCACAAACCUUACCUAGCCACGGACGUACUCCCCUCCCCCCGCAAGGGACAGCGAUAUAAAGGUUCACAUGUUGCUGCACUCAAACAGUCUCUGAUGAUGAACUCCAGUUCGAGUUCGAAAGCUCAGGCAAACAAAUCUACUGUCCCGGUGAUCGUGCCACCGUAUUCUUUUAAACUGACUACUACUUAUCGUUUUUGAAACCCAUUUAAUAUCCUCAAAAAUAAAGAAACAUGAUUCCUUUUCUGCGAAAGAGUUAACUGCAUUAACAGGAAUUUCAAAUAACGACCGUCGUAUGAUGAUUCAUGUAUACCUUGAAAAAGGUCGCUAUCCCUUCUGUGAUAUGCCAAACAAAUAAAAAUCAGCUAAAUUCCUGUGGACAUUGUCAGAGCUCAUUACUUUACAAUUUCCUCAACAAAUAACGGCUGACUUGGAGUAUGUGACUUUAUACUAAGGUUUAAAGGCGCAGACUGAAAUUUGACGCAUGAAUAUUUGGGCCGAAGUCUAUCAGCCACAGCGGGAUAACCGCAUAAUAUUCACGAUCUGCCGACGGGGAGCUAGUAGCAUAUUUUAGCGUUAUGAAUUAGCAUGCCAUCAGUCCAGGUACUAGUUAGUACCCAUGCUGCUACUAUGGCAUCUUCUAACGCUCAAAUUGUCAGAGAUGUCUUCGAAUUCAAUCUUCACAAUCCUCUGGGAGACAUAGUAAAGUCUUUCUUUCACCGCUCAAAUGAUCUAACCUCAAGCGGCGUUUCUUAUUUAAAUCAAAGCAUUCCAAAUGAUGAAAAAAGCAUCUGCACCUGUCACCAACAGCCGUUCUCAUUCAGGAACAUACUUGGUAACUGUUUCAUGGAAAAUACUUUACUCAUUCCAAGCAAACGACUCAGAACUUAGGAGAGUUUUAAAGGAAAAUGAAAAGGAUAAUUAACUACAGGCAUUUUCUCCUCCUCUAUAUUUACUAAGAUUGCGAGUCAAUAAAAUAUGGGGAACAGUUACUAGAUGUUGAAGUAUUUCACACGUUCCCUUAUUUCUUCAAAUGCACUCUGCAGGUGCAUUCCGUAACACCACUGAUGAACUUAAGUUACCUGCGUGCAAGUCACAGGCCUCAUAUAUGCAGGGUCUUAGUUUAGUCUUUUCAGAUUUCUAAUCUGGUACAUGUGACGUGUUUUUUCCGAUAUAACCCUCAGUAGUUUUUUAUUUGUUUCAACUUUUUUGUGCUUUUCUGUGGAUAUCACGGGACACAACUGUGAAAGCAUCUAAGCAUGGCUGGUGCAAAUUCGCAAACAGUUAUCCUUGCUCUCCGCAGCCAGUGUUACUUCAAGGUGAAACACCGGGAGAACCAGCUGUUAGUGAUUCUGUGCAAAAUGUGUCUUGCAUUAAGCAAAAACUUUGAGAAUUGAUCCCUAUUUUAGGUAUUUGAGUCUACCAACUUGAACCUGAGCGAAUAGCCCUGGUUUCACGGCAGCAAAGUUAGCUGCAGUACAAAUUGUACUCAGACACGUAUACUUAUCUGCCGCCACCGCGCAUGCCAGCUUAGUGUACAAAGAGGUGUUGCGUCGAAUUGCUGUGGUCCACAGCGUAACUGCAAUCAGCUCCGGUCAUUAAAGUGUCACACAGAGGUAGAUGCUGUUUUUGUUACCAUUAUUUUAAUUAAACACUCUUGCCUUCACUUGAACUGGAUAAAUCUAAUAAAAAUGGGAUUUCGUUGAAGCUGAACCUAGAAACCCUUCCUGACAUACUUGAGUGAUGUCUACAAAUUUCCCUUUCAUGAAUUCCUAAAGAACACUUUUGCGAACGAUUGUCUUCAGCGUCUACGCCAAGACAACCAACUUUGUGCACUCACCAAUUCACGAACAUCACAAGCUUUCAUUUGGAGAAUUAUAAUUCACGGCCAGAAGGGAUUAGACCGGUCUAAAAGUGAGCAUUUCAUGCGAGUUAACUGCCCCGACAAGCAAAUUCCCAAAGAAACGCUAUUACAUCAUGCCCUCAGUUCUAGCUCGUCUCCUUAAGGGUAGGCAACAGAAAAUUUUGAAUACUUUUAUUAAUACUUUAUUCAGCAUGUGUCACACCUAUCAGAUAUAUUUGAAAGUGUAGCUAGUGAGUGCCAUAGCAUUACCCCCAGACCUUUUUUUCUAGCCCCACCAGUAAUUAAUCUGCUUCCUCUAAGAAAUACGCCAUAAAAGGAUAAAGGACUCGAGCGACAAGUCACAAGGGUAGUUGAAUACUUGGGAAUUAGUAGUGGCCUGAUAAGGGCUUCACUAUGAAGACAAUAUUUUUAUUGCAAUUUUAUAAAAUGACUUGCCAGGUUACAAACAGCUAGAAAUGCCUGCGCCCAAGAAUUGUGCGAAAGGAUUCAUAGGCGACUUAACUGAAUGUAAAAGCACAAACUGGAAUUACUAUAAGAUAUAUCAUUUGACAUUGGAAGUUCCUCGUAGCCGAAACCGCCAAAUGCAAAAUAUCGCUUAAAACUUCAUUUACCCUUUUGAAGUGACCCAUUAAAUCCUGAGUGGUACUUUUCCAAAUAUGACUUAGAUUAACAUGACCAAACCCACUUGAUAUCGUCUGCUACCAAAGUGUCUGUAAUGUUCGCCUGCGCGCCUGUUUGAUUUAGAACAUCGCCGCAUUAGCGGUCCAGACUGAUCCUCUACAGUUAUCAGGUUCAUCUGUUCUUAACUGUGGUGGCUAGUAGGCUUUUUCGCUGUUUACCUUGAAUUUAAGCUUGAGAUUAAAACUCAGUGGCAGUCGGUCUUCUUAAAAACUUCUAAUAAACCCCACGGGCGUGCGCACAGAUUUCAGAUUUGACCUCGGAUUUUAACAUGUGAAAUCAGCCGCUAAAUAGGAAUGCAAGUGGGGUAAACGCCUCUGUGCGCAAUCAGAUUAAACUGCUUAAAAAUGUUUUUAAUGCUUAAAACCUAGGGAACCGUUAUUGUGUGCAACCAUCUCAGAAGCCAUUAGUGGGAAUUGCGUUUCGAGAUCUCAAACUUGUUCUCAAAGUUAAAUUGAGGAAUAAAUGAGCGUAAAGCAAACCGCGUAACUAACCAAAUGCUAUUAAAAGGGUAAGGUUCACAUACUCUUCCCAUUUAAGCGCUGCUAUUCACGAGAUAUGUGUUUCAUAAUUACACCAUUGGUAUUUAUAAGGUCUCCGUCUUCUCGGUACUGCAUAUACUGUCUGCCAAAUAAAGUGUCUUUUUUGCUUUAUUAUUGUCGCGGAAAUGAACUAACACUCAGAAAUGCCUACCUGUUGCUUUACCUGUCUGAUAGGGAUAAAUAACAUCUACUCAAAUGACUACAACGUACCAUUAUCUUUUAGGUUUAGACUGCAUCCUUGAAAAGAACUUGGAAAAAUUCCGGUUCCUAAAAUAAAUAAAAGGGAAGCAGAUGGUAAUAGGCGCUGAAGUCAGUGGUUUUGGUAAUCUUAAAAAAUAUGGCCCUAACGAAAUAACAAAUAUUGUCGGAAACGGGUUCGAUGACAGGAGGGUUCAGUUUGUUAGCGGAAAAAUUCGUUUUAGUAAAGCUCCUAGCAUCAUGCUCUGUUAUGCGUUGACUUUGUUAUUUGAAGUACUUUUCCAAUCUCCACGCCAUACGAUUUGAGACAUUUGUCAGGGUAGUUUUUCGAAUAAGAAACACACGAUACACAAAGCUACGAGUUAGCCUUCUGUCAGCAGCUAUUAACAACGCCCGUCCUGUGUGGAAAUUGAGCCUCACUGAACCGAUUCCACACUAGAACGGAAAUCCACCGUUUCGUUUUAUUAAGAUUAAGAUUUUAAGACUCAGCAGAGCGAUGAACAGCCAGCUCUUCAAGGAUAAUGCCCGCGAAGAAAGAGUGUACAAACUAUCCACUUAUUAUUUAUUUGCCGUUCUAAAUUAACCAACGGUUGUUGCCUUUCUUGAAUAAACGUGUAAUUUCCGGUUUAAGCAAGAGCUUUAGGAUGAUCCAUUUGCAGGCUAAAUCAACAGUUCCCUUCUUAUUUCUGGGUCUUUCAUUCCUUGUGACUGGUGUAUCCUGAAGCCUGUUAGUAGAAAAUCAUGUUGCUCAUAUUUUCAAAUAAAACUAGAAGCCUACCUAAAAUUGUUAAAUCACAGUGUACGUCAAACAAGGCAAGUGGAUGUAAACGAUGUACAAACUCACCGCAGGGGCAGGUGACGUAAAUGCUUCCGCAACCUACUAGUGUCAACGCCAAUGUGAUUAAAAUAAUUAUAUGAAGUAGACAGAGGAAAAGGUAGGCGAUUCUGUGGUGGCAGCCCAUCUUCGAGUUGCUGUGCAGUUUGGCCCUGCGACUCACUGAAUACACAUCUGACGAGAUAUGAGGCAUAUAAUCAAGGACGAUGCCGCACUUACACUAAUUGGCGGAAAGGUUUUCCUGAUAGAAUUCUUUUCAUUCCACCCUUCGAAACGGGAACUGCCAAUCAGGUAGUGCGUCGGGGCCAGGAGGAAGAGUAAUGUUUUUAGCACUCACGUGAGGUGUGUCGCAAUUCAAAGGGUUCUCAGUAGGUUUUAAGCGGCGCCAGUUUGUUAAGCUUUAUCAGUUCUCUACAGUAAUUGGAACAACCGCUGCUUCGUCCGAGAAUGGCAAACAUACCAAAUCACCACACUUUUGGCAGUCACAGCCAUACGCUAUCAUGGUCGCUAAAACACAGAACUGACUGAAAUGACAGUUCCGAGUGUUCUUUUCGUCGUUAAUUUGCUACCGUGGAGCAACCUUAAAAUUUGACACCCUUCUUUGUUGUCUAGGAGCAAAGGGACUGCUUACUAAACUGUUAGGCCACAUAAUGGCAUAAGGACUCAAGUUAUGGUAUGACCGAUUGGGUGAGUGGGUGAAUGAACAGCUUUGGUUGCUGCAAAUUCGCCCUCGCCUGUUUCCCAUUAUUAAAGAUGCUUUGGUCUGAUCAAAGAUACUGUCCCAUAAACAUUUUCAACCGGGGAUAUCUCAGAUGAAGAGUUCUAGAUUUAGGCCGAAGAACAUCUGAUCAGCUGGGCUAGUAAACUAUUUGAUACCUGGCGCUUUAACAAAUCCGUCAAAGUGGCCGAGACUUUUCAAAUUAUUCCCUCUCUCAUCCCGGAUUUUCAUAAUCCAUAAAGUCGCUCUUGAUAACGUGCUAACCGGACAUUGCGCAGCUUGUAACUCCCGAUAAAUAGACAAACAUUUUUAAGUAGUUCAGUAUCAUCACAAUGAGUAACCUUUUGAAUUUUACGACUUGCCAUAUAUUUUUGAAUAAGGUAAGACGCCUUUUAAAUUGGUUCACUAAAAUAGAACUUGGAGCAAAGGGGAUCUAAAAAGCUAACAACACCAGGUUAUAAACUUAUAAAAACGCUUGAGCAAAAAUUAAAAAAAAUAAUCGCAUAAAAAACACACAAUAACACGUAAUCCACCUCUCCUCUUUUUUUGGUUUCUGACAAAACUUUUAGAAGAAAAUACCAACAAAGCGGCAACUUACCCGCGCAGAACCUGCGCACGUAAGACUAGAUAGGGCAUUUUUCAGCAUUUUUUAAAAUUUAUAUAAUGUCAAGAGAUAAUACAAAGACUGCCAUAAGGAGAUGUUGGAUAACAUUCAACGAUACUGACCUCCGCACAUUUCCUACCUCUAGUCCGUAUUGCUUUUCCAGUAAUCAGUACUGACAACUGUACUAAUCAGUCGCGUCGUAUAAAUUAAUCGACGCCGUUCAAUUUAGGUCGUAGUGAUUGACGACGUUGAAGUUGACACACACGGACGAGGAAGCGUCUGCAGUUAUUGUUAACUUGCAGGAAUACUGAAUACAGUUACUAAGCGACAUUUCGAUCGUCAAUUUCGACUAUGUCUACCGGGUGAUCCUUAGCAAGGUGAGAGCAGGAACUGUGACUUGCGCGUUAGUUAGCUUGCAAUGAUGCUAGACAUCCGUUUCAUCUACCUGCGUCCGGCGUCGUGACCAAGUCAAAAAGACCGGAAGCGGAAGAGGCCGCAGGUGGCUGGCAUGGCAUUAACCCGCGCCUAGGCGUACCACCACACCCCCCGGUUUACACCAGUUAUGGAGGGCGCAAGCGGCGUGAAGGCAAGGACUAAGGUGAAGGGAAGACUCGACCACGCGCUGAACAGAGGCCCAUGCCGGCGGCGUGAUACACGCGUGAAGUUAGACAGCCAACCGGCGCGUACUGCAAUGCGGAGCACGUGUGGUGGCUUUGCCCAAGCGUGCGGUCCAGUCAAUGGCUGUUCGAAUAUUCGAGACAGUUCCGCGCGGAGAUUCUCGCGCACGCAAUGGCCGACCCGCGACCGGCACGCCACGAGCAGGAAUGUUCUGGAACGUUCUUAACGGCUGACACACCAUUGGUCGGAAUGCUCCAGAACGCACAGGGGCCAACAUAAAUAAGGCGUCUACCUGACCCGUGGUCACAUGCUGAUAAUAAAGUGGUUGCUUUCCUAGAACAGGCUUUCUUCUCUUCUUUCUACCCGUUGGGCUAUAACGGCAAAACACGCCUGAACGGGACUUUCGAAAAAAUACAGAAAAUUCGUGGCGGUAGGAAUCUCUCUGGGUGCGGUGAGAGCCUGCAAAUGGGCCUGCCUCCACAUUCUGAGGCUCCCACAGAAAUAGGAGAAUCGUGGCUCUAGGUAUUCGUCAGGUAAAAUUAGAAGUCAUCAUCUAACUUCUCUUAAAUAAAGAGGAAUGAUUUGAGGGUUAAAAAUAAAAAUUAAAAGAGCGCAAAUCUGUCAAUUCUAGAAAGCGUGGUCAAGGUAGUUUUACUUUUGCGCCCAUCGACAGAAGACUGCUCAAAGAUGAAAUCUUGCCGUUUUGAAGCUUAACGAUGUGUAAAGGACAACGCCUAUGAAAGUAAUAACUUGUAUGUUGCAUUACUGAAAGCAUCAUGACGAAAAAAUUACUGCCCGGGCAAGUCGAAUUCUAAGUUAAGAAUAUCAAGAAUCCGCAAAGAAAAUGUCAAUGUGCAACACGUAUAAAUGACAAACUAGAGAGAUUAUUUCUGGUUUGCAUAUUGUCAGUAAAUCCAACCGCAUAAACUAAGUUCCCACUGCCUGUAUAAAGGAAAAACAAAUUAAAACGCCUGACUAACACAACAAUGGCCUUAUUGUCUGACAACUGUGAGAGACAAUAUAAGCCAUAUAUAACUAUUCUAGUCUUUGCUUUUCGCGACAUCAUUUUUGAUCGUGGAUUUUCGUCGAAAUCCAACCACCUGCGAGGACUUUAAUGUAGAGCACCACGGCUAAGAUAAAUCUUCCAUUUUUCGUUCAUAUCUGAGUAGGUUAUUGAACGUGGCUUCCAUUUUCCCCAACACUUUCCAUAACAGCCCACACAACGGCCGACACAUGAAUGUAAAUCCGCCCGAUUUAAACUGCCAAUGAUCAUAGGGCUAGGGCCCAAACCCUGUGUCCUUCAGGUCUGACGUUAGGCGGAAUUAGCUGAAUAGGACGAAUAAAUGUUUUACGACCGUCCGAUGUUUUAAUCACAAAAUGCACUAUAGAAUCUCCUUAUUUCGUGACAGAAACCCAGAAGAAUAUCCAUUAAACCUCGGAUCGAGUUAGAACACAUUAUUUGCCCCGAAAGUAGUUUGAUUUUAUUGAGCACUUUGAAAGAGCUGCCUUAAAAAAGUUGGAAGCCCUCAUAACAGAAGUUUUGCUCCGCUUGUAUGCCAAGACUCGUUACAGCGCGUUUGUGUGUGACAUUAUGAACAUCUGUCAUGUAAAAUAGGCGUUCGUAUUUCCCCCAAGAUAUCUGGCUAUCUUCACGGACCAAAGCCGCUUAAACCUCAUCCAUAUGGUGCUAAUCCGACCUUUAAAUUUCGUUCAGUCUGAAGUUAUCUAGUAAAUUCUCAGUUCAUUUCAGACGUCGACCACAUAGAGGAACAAAUAGAACGGCUAGCACUCCAUCAAAUCCCGCGGACUCGUUCCUUUAUGCAAGAAUGGAAACACUCUCCCUGAUCUGAUGACCGAAUAUCGUCAGAUCAGCUGUUUCAGUAGACACCAGAGUGGAGACCUCCAGUCUAGUGACAUGUUGGUCAUCACGGACAAUAACAACUUCCCCUCAAUUUCGUCACAGUUUCCGUGCGUCUAUCUGCUCCUCUUUUAAUAAACCACGGUAGGUCUCUUAGCGAAAUCUACCAAUCAAGGACGGGAUCAAAGUGCAGGCUCGGUACUGAGGGUGUCGCUUAAUCACCCAUUUGCAGGACUGUCAAUGCUUGGACAUGGAUGCAUCUAACCCGUUAACAAGACACGAACCAAUCCUCCAUUUAAUUUUCAUCCCGAACACUCUUAUGUGUCAACCCUCGAUGUAGAAGGAUUUACUUGAAGCGGCAACUAUUCGCGUGCUCCGUUGUUCACGUCAUUGUCAAUGGUAACUUGAAGCAUACACUUCUCUCUGUCCUUUACUGACUGUUCAAUCAGUAGCAUGGUACUGAUGCGAAUCUAAUAAAUGUCAGUCGUCUACUCCUUUCUGACCUCUUUACCAGCCUCAUCCGUCUUUGGUUGGAUAGGAGCCCUCCCGUCAACGUUGUCUCUCCGACUUCUUGUUCGGGAACGCACUGUUGUCGACAUUAAUCCAUACAGAUUCACUGGUAAGUUGCAUCUCCUUCAGUAGCAUUCAUACCGCUGUCAUAGUGCCUGGGCUAAGUGUGCUGUUAGAAACAAUUCUAGUGGGUAUAGAAUUACGUUUGGGGUUUUGACAAAAUUGGCAGCUUGAUAUAUCUGAUCCAAGGAUAAUUACUUAAUUUGACAAUAACAAAGUUUUGGUGUGCAUGAGUGAGGAACAUUUUGCCGAAUUCGCUUUAACAAUGAGUGAAUAAUCAUAAGCCAGUCGUCAAAAGUUGUGUUACUUCUUACAAGAUAGGGCAGUGAAAACCAAAUGUCAAAACAAAGUUUCAGGAAAACAGCAAUGACGAUUAAACAAAUUAACUGACCUACAUGGUUUAUUCAGCGAAACCUAUCAAAAGUGCACUCGUUGUCCAGACAAAAAUGUAAGCCAAAUUUGUGGAGUAAAUUGGUUCUUCACAAAACCACGGCAAAAUUAUCCUAAACAAAAUUGUUUCGUUAAAAUUGAGAGAAGGAUGGCCUAGUGUAGUAUUGGCUAACAAAAGCAAGUCUUAAUGAUAAAGAGUUCUGUCUAAAUGAGAUUCCACAAAUCAAGACAAAAAUAGAGGAGUGCAUUUAAAUUUUCCUAGGGCAGAGAGCAAAGUAAACUGCAUGGGGUACUUACAGAGCUAUAUACACUGACGCAAUAAAAAUCCGGCAGGUGAAAACCCAGUCGGUUAUUCCAGUAUAACCCAUCCAGCGAGAGACAUUGCAGGGUAGAAGACCUUGAGCAGCCAGAAAUGUGUCUCUCUGACUUCCUGUUUUUGCUCAAAUUAAGAACUACGGGCCAGGCGUGCGAAUAAUCGAUACUGCCUUAUUGUAGACUCAUAAGGGGAGGCUGCGCGAAUUUCUCUGGCAUGCAGUGCAUUGCCAGCAAGACUCGUGCAACGCACUGUUAGUCAUUACUCUGCACCCAUCUUGAAGGCCGCGGUUGAUUUUUUUUACUAACAUUACUGCAACUGCCGUAAGCUCAUGUCACGCGAUAAUUGCGCUAGUUAUAUCGCGAAAACGCUUAUGCGCACGUGUUAUUGUGUGAAACAUCUUCUAGACCUGACGCCUGAUCAGCUGAGGAAACGUCAACAGAUGUGACGAACCACAUCUAAGCGAAGAGCAGUUGCUAAAAAGUACCUGUUUGAGGAUUUUUGUGUAGAAUUCGUUUAAUACGGUAACUUUAAAUUAGGUUGGGGAAAUGACUUGCGUCGACGUCAAUAAACGGAGCUUGGGCAAUGUCAAUGGGAUUUUCUUGUUUGCCGCUCAGCCAGCUUGUCGAACUCUCUGCUGGGGUGCUUCUUGGCACAAAACAACAAUGAAAUGACUUUAAGUAGCCUAAAUGCUUGAUCGUGCGCGAGUUAGGAUUAGCCUGAAAAACGACAAAAGUUACGAAGUAAUAGCUUCCGUUAUGCCCCUACUCUCUUUCAGGCUAGGGAUUUUCAUAAAUCCCUAUCACAUUCUGUUUUUCGGCUUUGACCUCUUUACCGUAGUUUAUAUUAAUGUACAGCCCCGAGGAUGAAUAUUUGAAAACUUACGUUUGUUUACAUUGUCUGGCAAUGCUUUUGUUAUGGAUUUUCCAACUUUAACUCCGUUCGGUUCGCUGCUACCUGCGAUGUACUUUCGCUCCACGGUCGUAUGUGUAGACCACUAAUGAAGUUAAGGAUCAAAAUCCUAAAGAUUUUUUGUAUUUUAAGAGCACUUGCUUCCAUGCAAAAGGUGGCAGACCUUCCCGUGCCAAAGUACACAUAGGAGGUCCGUAUAGUGUGUUCUGAGCCAAAGAUAAGAAUGUGCAUUGCGUCUGCUCCAGACAUUCCAGGCGCGCUGUGGAACCAGCCGGAACCUGAUAUGCGAAUGGGCCAGUCCACAUCGAAGGAUUCGAGGAAAGAGGAGACGAUGCAUUAUAGUAAAUUUAAGCGCACCAACAUGAAAUAGCCGCUUCUGGUCAUUAGAAUAUGAAAAACAACAUGACAUUAUUACCAUGAAAUUGCCUAGGUUUUACUAGAUGUACACUUAAAUGUCAUUUAAACAGUUUCCUUCUCUGAGACAGAUAUUCCGCGAGACCCGAACCCCAAUCACCGUCACCCGCAAAGGGAGCGGAAUGCUGAGCUUGUCAUCUAUUAA